CCGCUCCACGCUGUUCGCUGAACUUGAGACAGAAGUGGACUUACACCUCAGCCUCACACCCUGACCCAGUCGUAAUCACUACGUCCCGCCCCCACGGCCGGAAUCAAGUUCUCGAUUCUGAGAACCGCGAGCCAGACGACGCCAGGAUUCCGGAGGCAGCACAGUUGACAGGUCCCCCCCCACCCGCCCCCUUUGCUUGUGAGUCAUGGUAGCUUCCAUGAAGGGUCAAGUGUGUGUGGUGACUGGUGCUUCCAGGGGUAUUGGCCGAGGCAUCGCCUUGCAACUCUGCCAAGAAGGUGCCACAGUAUACAUCACUGGCCGCCGUCUCGACACGCUGCAGGCCACUGCUCAGGAGGCACAAUCCCGAGGUGGCCGGUGUGUGCCUGUGGUGUGUGAUUCAAGCCAGGAGAGUCAAGUACGAAGCCUGUUUGAGCAGGUGGAUCGGGAACAGCAUGGGCGUCUGGAUGUGCUGGUUAACAAUGCCUUUGCUGGCGCGGAGGCAAUCCUGAAAAACAAAAACAAAACAUUCUGGGAAUGCCCCGCCUCCAUUUGGGAUAAUAUCAACGAUGUUGGACUCAGAGGACACUACCUCUGCUCGGUGUACGGAGCUCGGUUGAUGGUACCAGCAGGCCGCGGCCUCAUCGUGAUCAUCUCCUCCGUUGGGGGUCUGCAAUAUUUCUUCAAUGUCCCCUAUGGCGUGGGCAAAGCUGCGUGUGACAGGCUGGCUGCUGACUGUGCCCAGGAGCUGAAGCGCCAUGGUGUCAGCUAUGUGUCUCUGUGGCCAGGGGUGGUGCAGACAGAACUGCUGAAGGAUCAGAUGAUGAAGGGUGACACUAACGAUCCCCUGCUUAAACAGCUCAAAUUUAAUUUCCCAACUGCCGAGACCACAGAAGUGAGUGGCAAAUGUGUGGUGGCUUUGGCAACAGACCCCAAAAUCCUGAGCCUGAGUGGGAGGGUGCUGCCGUCUUGUGACCUUGCUCGACGCUACCGCCUUCGUGAUGUGGAUGGCCGUCCCAUCCACGACUAUUUGUCUGUGAGCUCCGUUCUCUCCAAUGGCACUAACAUGGGCUGGCUGGCCUCCUACAUGCCCGGCUUUCUCCGUGCCCCCAAGUGGAUUUUAACUCUCUGCACCAGCAAGUUCUGACCCUCCUGGCCUAGCAUCACAACUCUGCUCCUCCUUCGGGCCUGGGUCAGUGGGUCAGCGCAGCCUUCCCCGCCUCCCCCAUGCCCUCGAUAGGAACAGCGUUUGCUGUGUGUCCUGAGUGAGUCCUGAGGGCCCUCACAGGCCCUUCUUUGGGCGUUGGUUUUCCUUGCCCCUACGUUUUACUUUUUGCCUUAGUUUUUUAAAAAGUGCUCUGGAGGCUAAUAAAGGUUUCCUUUCUUCUUCAA